UUGAGAGUUCAAGCUGACUCUGUUUUAGCGGUGGCCGGUCGACUACCGGGACGUUGCCUGCCAGGCGACUUCGACUGUGGAUUCGGCCGCUGCGUACCAGUCACUUCAUUCCAUGAUGGUAAACCGGACUGCUACGACGGCAGUGACGAAUGGUGCUUUUUCGGUCAAGUCAAAUGCGGCGCGUAUUGCGUUGAUGUGUCACAGGCGUUCAGCUGCUUGUUCUCAUCCAGAUGUGACGACUCUAGCCGUCAACCACCGUGGUGUUCCGUAUCGAGUGAGCAUUCCAUUGAACUCGUUCAUGCUGUGAGCAGGACCGCUUACAGCAGUCUUAGGGUGUAA